GUCUGUUCAAUGAUUCAAUGCCCGUUUCCUCCUGUCGUCUCUUUUUGCCUGUCCGCACCAAGACACACACUGACCCAUACAAAUGGCUGCGUUUUUCUAGGGUUUUUCUAUAAUACACCAAGAAAUAGUCCAAAAACCCUAAAAUCUAUCCAUUUUUGUCUUAAAAUUUUCACCUUUUAAUCAUUGACUGAAUCUGCAAAAUACUUGGCUGCUUGAUGAUUAUCGUUUUUGCGGCGGGAACUUAUUUCUGUUAUUAAUGGAGGCAUCGCAGUCGGACGGCGGCAGAGGGAAGGCGGCGUCUACGGCUGCCGAUGGUGGAGGAGGGGGUCCUUCUCCGGCGCCUGCGCCGAUGCCGAAUGCUAAUGCACCGCCACCGUUCCUGGUGAAGACGUAUGACAUGGUGGAUGACCCGAGCACGGAUAAGAUCGUGUCGUGGAGCGCUACGAACAAUAGCUUCGUGGUUUGGGACCCGCCGGAAUUUGCUCGUGACCUCUUGCCGAAGUAUUUCAAGCAUAACAACUUCUCCAGCUUCGUUCGCCAGUUAAACACUUAUGGAUUUAGAAAGGUUGAUCCAGAUCGCUGGGAGUUUGCAAACGAGGGAUUCUUAAGAGGUCAAAAGCACCUACUUAAAAGUAUUAGUCGUCGAAAACCUGCCCAUGGACACCCUCAGCCACAACAGCAACCUCAUGGACAGAGUCCAUCAGUUGGCCCAUGUGUUGAGGUUGGAAAAUUUGGGCUUGAAGAGGAGGUUGAGAGGCUAAAAAGAGACAAGAAUGUGCUUAUGCAGGAACUUGUACGGUUGAGGCAACAACAACAAACCACCGAUGGUCAGUUGCAAGCAAUGGUGCAGCGCCUCCAGGGUAUGGAACAGCGGCAACAACAGAUGAUGUCUUUCCUGGCAAAAGCUGUGAACAGCCCUGGAUUUUUGGCACAGUUUGUACAGCAGCAAAGUGAUAGCGGCAGGCGCAUCACUGAAGGCAGCAAAAAGCGGAGGCUUAAACAGGAUGGUCUUUCAGACGAUCAUUCUGUUGGUCCUACUGAUGGACAGAUUGUCAAGUAUCAGCCUAUGAUGAAUGAGGCAGCUAAAGCAAUGCUCAGGCAGCUAAUGAAAGUCGAUGCUUCGCCUAGAUUAGAGAAUUUCAGCAACAGUUCUGAUAAUUUCUUGCUCAGUGAUGGCUCGACACAGUCUACGGCAAUGGAUUGUGGGAAUUCUUCCAAUCGUGUUUCAGGAGUGACUCUUCAGGAGGUCACACCAUCUGCUGGGCAGCCUUUUGUGCCAGCAGCAUCAUCAGUAAUAGGUCAAAGUGCUUCCGCUGCCAUUUCUGAUAGUCAUUCAUCCACUCUUGGUGCAACUUCAGAUUUGAAUGGUAUGGUUGGAGCGCAAGACUUGCAUCCCUUAACACUCCCGUCACCAGAUACGAUCAUGCCUGAGCUUUCUCAACUACAGGAGAUUGGUCAAGAAAGUAAUGUUGAUAUAUUAGGGACUGAAACAGAGAAUGGUGCUUUCAUGGACGCAACGUCACUGGCAGCAAACGGCAAACUUGCCUUGGAUAUUGAUGAUGAACAGAUUGAAUGGGACAGUUCAUUGCUUGAUGACAUGGAAGAUCUUCCUGGCUCUAUUGACCCCUUCUGGGAAAAGUUUCUCCAGAGUCCCCAGCAAUCGAUUGAGACUGAGGACUUGAACUCGAAUCAAAUGGAAGACCUUUCCAAGGGAAGUCAAAUAAAACCGGUUGAUAAUGGGUGGAACAGGACUCAGCACAUGGAACAGCUGACUGAGCAGAUGGGACUUCUCACAUCUGAAGGGAAAAAAGUUUGAUCUUCUUUAUGAUAUAUGUACAUUUCUUGCUAUCUCAAGUAUAUUGUGAAGAUUGAUAUUAAUCUGUCUGAUCAUUAUGUGUCUAUUAAGUCCCUAAAAGAGCAGUUAAUACCUCAUUUGGUUUUGACCCUGUAUGCCUUUACUUGUAUGGAUGAACCGUUUUACCAUCUGGUUCUUACCAUUGGCUUUUACUUGCAUAUCACCCUUAAGGUGCUUACUUUUUGUA